AUGGGAGCAGCCUCCGACAUCACAGUCAUUAGGCUCACUCCUGACGAACUCGCCACUAAAGAGAUUGGCUCUCACAACCUGCAAGCGGCUGUCGAGGCUCUACAUCGGGAUGGAAUCUGCGUGCUGGAAAACGCCGUCGACCCGGCCCAUCUGGACAAGCUGAACGCGCGCAUGGUGCCCGAAGCCAAGAUCCUCUACGCGAAGGAGGAAACGCACCGCAACUUCGGCGCGAACACGGGCAACAUCCAGCAGGAACCGGUGCUGGAGGCGGACUACAUCUUCGACGAUGUCAUCGCCAACCCGUUCGCCGUCGCCGUCGUGGAAUGCAUGCUGGGCCCCAAUCCGGCGCUGCGGUUCUACAGCGCCAACACGGCAUUUUACGCCCAGGACCGCCAGCCGGUGCACAUCGAUGUUGAUUUCGACUUCCCCCGCAUCCCGUUCGGGUUUUGUAUCAACAUCAACCUGGUCGACACCUCUCCGGAGAACGGCGCCACGGAAGUCUGGCCCGGGACGCACAUCGAUACCGACUGCAGCGUCCUUGACCCGACCACGCGAGGGAUUAGGAAAGACCUGCUCGAGGCUCGACGGCAGGUACGGCCGCCGGUCCAGCCCUCCCUGCCCAAGGGGUCCCUGAUCAUCCGCGACUUUCGGCUCUGGCACGCGGGGAUGCCCAACAAGACGGACGAGCCGCGCGUGAUGCUCGUGACGGUACUGUUUCCGCGGUGGUACCGGAGUAAUCUGGAAAUAAUCCUGCCGGAGAGCGUCAAGGGGAAGAUCAACUGGGGGUCGGUCAACCCGUGUGUGAAGUGGGUUGAGGACGGCUACGAUUAUUUGCGGGGGGCUCACGAUCACGACUUUGCUUUGCUGCCAUGA